AGGUAUAAAAUCGGACGUCGGGUGACAGGAGGCAUUCAGUGUCGGUGCGAUUCUAAGCUUCACGUCGUCGCUACACAGAAUUUCGAUCACCGGGAGUCACAGAAAUGCAGGACAACCGGUUUUUUAUUUUCGUGAUCCUUCUGGCGUUUUCUACAUCUCUAAAUCUUGCCAGAUGCUCGGUCGGCCAGCACUACGAAUCCACCAGAGAGGGCCAAAAACUGAAAAUCAACGAUAGACGCUCUGCUGGAUUGGUGGCGUAUCCAAGAAUCGGCCGAAAUUCGGAAAUAGCGAGCUUUCCUAGAGCGGAGCGUGCUUUCGGAAUAAUACAUAAGCCCCGAAUCGGACGAUCCGAUGAACCGAGCUUGGGCAAUUUGAAUCGAUUUCACGAUUUACCGGCCGAUGCCGACAUCGAGUUCUACAUUGCACGUGACAUGGAGCCCGACGUUCUCUUAGAUCUCGAUUACGAAGACUACGCAGACAGACCGAUAGCAUUCAAACAUGCUGAUAAAAUUCAGAAAGACGGCUCCUGGUUAAUACCCGAUCACGUGCACGGAUACAAGGAUCUGCGCCUGGCACAAAAAGUCAACGAGCCCCGAUCGUACUACUCUAUUUUGCGAGGUUCUCGAAAUAGUCAAGGUCAAGGAGGGUACACCCCAAGACUAGGUCGCGAGAGCGAGCACGACGCUGGGAGUUUCUUGUAACUUCUCGCCCCAUCUCUGAGCGCGAUUCGCGCCUCGCGGAUUUGACGGAUGUUGACUCGAGGCAAAGAAGGAACUUACUGUCAAAAACGUCAGGAACGUAACGUGCAGUGCUUUUGAUCGUUUUCCCUAUUUGCAUAGGCGACCCACCUUAUCCUUGCACUUUGUACGCAAGUUAUGCAACACAAUACAUAAUCUGCACUUAAA